CAAUGCGUUGCCAACCAACUGGACACCUGGCUUCCCAAAAGCUCAAAUGCGUGUUUUCUGACCUUGGCAAAUCAAGAUCAAAAUGAAAUUAUGAUAAAAAUCCAUGUGGAUUUCUAACUUGGAGUCUGAAAUUCAAGACAAAGAUGAAUCUGCGUUCUGUAUUUACUGUAGAACAACAAAGGAUAUUACAGCGUUAUUAUGAAAAUGGAAUGACAAAUCAAAGUAAAAAUUGCUUUCAGCUCAUAUUACAGUGUGCACAAGAAACUAAACUGGACUUCAGUGUAGUCAGGACGUGGGUUGGCAAUAAACGGAGGAAGAUGAGCAGCAAGAGUGCUGUAGAAUCUGGAGGCACUCCCCCGGGGACUGCCCCGACUACUCCCUCAGUACCUCCAGAAGGAGCAGUUAGGAAUGUGGUAAAUAUUGCUCGAUCCCAAAGUCAGCAGUCUUCUUGGACCUCUUCUAAUAAUGAUGUAAUAGUUACUGGUAUAUAUAGUCCUGCUGGUUCAUCUGGUAGGCAAGGAUCCACCAAACAUACAAACGCUUCAGUGGCAGAAAUACACAAAACCUCGAUUCCGCGACUACCAGGAAAAAGCAAUACAGAGUUUCAUCAGCAGCACAUCCCUAUAGGACGACAAGUACCACAUUGUAAAAACGCUUCCCUAUUAGUAGGGGAAAAGACUAUUAUUUUAUCUAGGCAAACGAGCGUACUGAAUUCUGCAAACUCCAUAUAUAGUCACACUAAAAAAAGCUAUGGUGGUUCCUCGGUGCAGACCGCAGAGCUGGUGUUACCUCAGAAGCCCAUGAUAUGCCACAGACCCUGCAAAGGAGAACCAGUGGGAUGUCAAAGGUUACAAAAACCCGAACAUGCAGCUCUUGUAUCGCACGUGCCCCCUGGACAAAGGGCUAAUACCAGGGACCCUUCCUGUAGCACGCAAAACCUGGAAAUCCGUGAAGUGUUUUCUCUGGCGGUUACGGAUCAACCUCAAAGAAUGGUGGGAGGAAGCGUAGCACAGAAGCAUUGCUCGGGGGAAGGCAGCUGUCUGUCCAUUGCAAUGGAAACCGGAGACGUGGAUGACGAGUACGCUAGAGAGGAAGAACUAGCAUCCAUGGGAGCACAAAUACAAAGCUAUUCCAGAUACUGUGAAAGCAGCGGUUCUGCUCGAGGAGAGAACCACAGCGCAGCCCUGUCUGGGCCAGGAAGAAAUGUGAGCUGUAGUUCGCAGAUGGUGAAUGCCAGGGACGUGCCUGACAAUGUUCUGUAUCAUAACAGAGACUACCACUUGCCUGCACGGACCUCAUUACAUACAACCUCCAGCACAUUAUGUAACAGUGCUAAUCCAUCCAGAAGUACCUUUUCUCCUCAUUUUACAUCUUCAAGUCAACUGAGGCUGUCACAAAACCAAAAUAAUUACCAGAUUUCAGGAAACCUUACUGUGCCUUGGAUUACAGGUUGUUCCAGAAAAAGAGCAUUACAGGACCGCACACAAUUUAGUGACCGAGACUUAGCUACCCUAAAGAAAUACUGGGACAACGGCAUGACCAGCCUGGGCUCAGUCUGCAGAGAGAAAAUUGAAGCUGUGGCUGCAGAAUUAAAUGUUGACUGUGAAAUAGUGCGG